GGUCGAGCGCCCAUCCCCAUGGCCGUGGUGAGGAGGGAGCUGUCGUGCGAGAGCUACCCCAUCGAGCUGCGCUGCCCGGGCACCGACGUCAUCAUGAUCGAGAGCGCCAACUACGGGCGCACCGACGAUAAGAUCUGCGACGCGGACCCGGCACAAAUGGAGAACACGAGGUGUUACCUGCCUGAUGCGUACAAGAUCAUGUCCCAAAGAUGCAAUAACCGGACCCAGUGUGCUGUGGUGGCCGGACCAGACGUGUUCCCCGACCCUUGUCCCGGGACCUACAAGUACCUGGAGGUCCAGUACGAAUGCGUCCCUUACAAAGUGGAACAAAAAGUAUUCCUGUGCCCAGGGCUUCUGCGCAGGGUGUACCAGAGCGAGCACCUCUUCGAAUCGGACCACCAGUCCGGCGCCUGGUGCAAGGACCCUCUCCAAGCCUCUGAUAAGAUCUACUACAUGCCCUGGACGCCCUAUCGCACCGACACAUUGACUGAGUAUUCUUCCAAAGAGGACUUCAUCGCGGGAAGGCCCACGACAACCUACAAGCUCCCACAUCGCGUGGACGGCACCGGCUUCGUGGUGUACGACGGGGCGCUCUUUUUCAACAAGGAGCGCACGCGCAAUAUUGUGAAGUUUGACCUGCGGACUCGUAUCAAGAGCGGCGAGGCCAUUAUCGCCAACGCCAACUACCACGACACGUCUCCGUACCGCUGGGGAGGGAAGUCCGACAUAGACUUGGCCGUGGAUGAGAACGGCCUUUGGGUGAUCUACGCCACUGAGCAGAACAAUGGGCGGAUCGUCAUCAGCCAGCUCAACCCGUACACGCUGCGUGUAGAGGGCACCUGGGACACGGCUUACGACAAGCGCUCGGCAUCCAACGCCUUCAUGAUCUGUGGAAUCCUGUACGUGGUGAAGACGGUGUACGAGGACGACGACAACGAAGCGACGGGAAACAAGAUCGACUACAUCUACAACACAGAACUGAGCAAAGACGGGUUUCUGGACAUCCCUUUCCCCAACUCCUACCAGUACAUCGCCGCAGUGGAUUAUAAUCCCAGAGACAACCUGCUGUACGUUUGGAACAACUACCACGUGGUGAAAUACUCUCUGGACUUUGGAGCGUUGGACAACAGACUCGAAACGUCCUCCUCUGUGAUGGUUUUCAUGGACACGACGACCACGACGGCGAGGACCACCACUCGACCCACCACGGUUACCAUGACGUCCACAGUGGCCAGGACGACAACCACCAAGAUGCCCGCCACGACGGCCGCCGGUGCUCAGUGGCCACGGACGACAGCGAAGGUGGUGGCACCGGCUCGGACGCCCCUGGAGGGUUUGACCCCCGAGGAGGACGACAGAGCGCCGCCUUCCUCCAAGCUGCCCAACAUCCGGGUGGAGUUCUGCAACCCGCUGGUGAUGAUGGACAUCUCCUGGCCCAGGACCAAGCAGGGGGUGGUGGCCAAGAUGCUCUGUCCACCCGGAAGCAUAGGCGUGGCCUCCUACAUGUGCGUGGGUCCGGAGGGAUACUGGGACCCCCAGGGACCCGACUUCAGCAACUGCACCUCCCCGUGGGUCAACCUCAUCAGCCAGAAGCUAAAAGCCGGCGAGACGGCUGCGGUCAUCGCCAGGGAGUUGGCGGAGCAGACCAAGAGUAAUCUCCAGGCGGGGGACAUCACCUUCACGGUGAAGGCCAUGGUCCAGCUGGUGGAUCUCCUGGACGUGCAGCUGAGGAACCUCACGCCAGGCGGCAAAGACAGCGCCGCCCGGAGCCUCAACAAGCUGCAGAAAAGAGAGCGCUCUUGCCGGUUUUAUGUUCAGGCCAUGGUGGAGACGGUCAACAAUCUGCUGCAGCCGCAGGCCCAGGCGGCGUGGAGGGAGCUGAGCACGGGCGAGCAGCUGAGGGCCGCCACCAUGCUGCUGGACACGGUGGAGCAGGGCGCCUUCGUCCUCGCCGACAACCUGCUGAAGACGGACAUCGUGCAGGAGAACACCGAGAACAUCCAGCUGGAGGUUGCAAGGAUGAGCACCGAAGGAAAUUUACCCGAUCUGAAGUUCCCACAAACCGGAGGACAAGGCAACUCCAUCCUACUCUCUGCCAACACGCUGAAGCAGCACGGACGAAACGGUGAGAUCCGGAUUGCCUUUGUUCUGUACAAGCACAUCGGCAUCUACCUUUCGACGGAGAACGCCAGCAUGAAGUUGGGCAGCGAAGCCCUGGCGACCAACUACUCCGUUAUCGUCAACUCGCCGGUAAUCACGGCGGCCAUCAACAAGGACUCCAACAAAGUCUACCUCUCUGACCCGGUCAUUUUCACCAUCAGGCACCUCCAGCAAUCCAAGGAGAACUUCAACCCCAACUGUUCCUUCUGGAGCUACUCCAAGAGAACCAUGACUGGCAUCUGGUCCACGCAGGACUGCCGCUUGCUGGGCACCAACAGGACCCACACCACGUGCUCCUGCACCCAUCUGACCAACUUCGCCGUCCUCAUGGCGCACGUGGACGUCAAGCACGCGGACCCCGUUCACGACAUGCUCCUGGACGUCAUCACGUGGGUGGGGAUCCUCCUGUCCCUGGUCUGCCUGCUCGUCAGCCUCUUCACCUUCUGCUUCUUCCGGGGCCUCCAGAGCGACCGCAACACCAUCCACAAGAACCUGUGCAUCAGCCUGUUCGUCGCCGAGUCCCUGUUCCUGGUGGGCAUCAACCGGGGCGACCAGCCGAUUGCCUGUGCCGUCUUUGCCGCCCUGCUCCACUUCUUCUUUCUGGCGGCGUUCACGUGGAUGUUCCUGGAGGGCGUGCAGCUCUACAUCAUGCUGGUGGAGGUGUUCGAGAGCGAGCACUCGCGACGCCGCUACUUCUACCUGGUGGGCUACGGAGUUCCUGCGCUGAUCGUGGCGGUGUCGGCGGCAGUGGACUACCGGAGCUACGGCACAGACCGGAUUUGCUGGCUUCGCCUGGACACCUACUUCAUUUGGAGUUUCAUAGGACCGGCAACCUUGAUAAUUAUGCUCAACGUUAUCUUCCUGGGCAUCGCUCUCUACAAGAUGUUCCAUCACACGGCCAUCUUGAAACCAGACUCCGGUUGCCUGGACAACAUCAACUAUCAGGAUUACGAACCUGAGAUCAAAUCGUGGGUGAUCGGUGCCAUCGCCUUGCUGUGUCUGCUGGGCCUGACCUGGGCCUUUGGUCUGAUGUACGUCAAUGAGAGCACGGUGGUCAUGGCCUACCUGUUCACCAUCUUCAACUCGCUGCAAGGGAUGUUCAUCUUCAUCUUCCACUGUGUCCUGCAGAAAAAGGUGCGUAAGGAGUACGGUAAAUGCCUGCGUACUCACUGCUGCAGUGCGAAAAGCGUGGACAGCUCCAUCGGCUCCGGGAAAGGCACGGCCUCUCGAGCUCCGGGACGCUACUCCACCGGGUCACAGAGCCGCAUCCGUCGGAUGUGGAACGACACGGUCAGAAAACAGUCCGAGUCCUCUUUCAUGACCGGCGACAUCAACAGCUCUGCGUCCCUUAACAGAGAGGGAAUCCUGAACAAUGCCCGGGAUACAAGUGUCAUGGAUACUCUACCACUGAAUGGUAACCAUGGCAACAGCUACAGCAUCGCCAGCGCCGAGUACAUGAGCGACUGCGUCCAGAUCAUUGACCGGGGCUACAACCACAAGGAGACCACCCUGGAGAAGAAGAUCCUGAAAGAGCUCACCUCCAAUUAUAUCCCCUCCUACCUCAACAAUUCCCACGAGCGCUCAACCGAGCAGAACCGGAACCUCAUGAAUAAGCUGGUCAACAAUGUCAGCAACGGCGGCAAGGACAGCGGCUACGGGAUGGGCUUGGGAGUGGGCAUGGGCAUGAACGUGGCGCUGAGCCUGGACGACCACUCAACUUUUGGCCCGCACCAUGACGAAGGCCUCGGCCUGGAGUUAAUCCGCGAGGAGUCCCACGCCCCGCUGCUGCCCCAAAGACCGCCCCCUUCCCUGCAGGCAGUGGACAACCUUCACAGUCAUCUCCACCCGUCAGCGCCGCCGCCGCCCCUGCCCCUGCACCACCACCCCUACACGUCCGCCAACACCUCCUCCUCGUCCCGGAGGAGGAUCCCCCAGGAGAACAGCGAGAGCUUCUUUCCCUUACUCAACAGCGAGCACACCGAGGACGAGGGCUCGUCGCCCACCCACAACCACCAGAGAGACUCCCUGUACACCAGCAUGCCCAUGCUGCCCGGCCUGCCCGAUGUGUCCGCAGGGUCCGCCGACAGCUCCAAAGACGGCGGCGAGGCCAAGAGCCCGGAGGCCAGCUCGGACGACGUCUACUACAAGAGCAUGCCCAACCUGGGCUCGCGCAACCACCUGCACCAGCUGCACUCCUACUACCAUCUAGGGCGGGGCAGCAGCGAUGGCUUCAUCGUGCCGCCGAACAAAGAGGAUCUAUCCCCAGAAGAAGCCCACCAGGAGCCCUCGCACCUGGUCACCAGCCUAUAGGCCCCAAACAACAACAACAACCCACCCAAUAGUGUCCCUCCUAUUACCGUAGUCCUCCUCCUCCUCCUCCUCCUCCUCCGUGUCCUCUUGUUCUAUCAGUCGUUGGCAGUGGUAGCCUUUCUUAUUAUUCAGUGUUCUGAAGACUGAAGCGGAGCGAAAAGACAAACUGAACUCUUGCUGUUGCCGACCACAAGCAGGAUAGCGACUGCGACGUUUGGGGGGCGAGUACGUGACUAUAUU